AUGGCCAGCCCUAAGUCCGUCGACGCCUCUCUGUGGUGGGACCCUUUCUCUGUUUACUCACUGAUCCUCGAAAAUGCGUCUCUCUCGUCCGACCUCCCUCCCAAUUUGGUAAAGAAAUUGAAGGACAAUCAUGCUUGGUUUGUGGAUACAUUGUCUCACUUCAAGCCGCCCAAUGAGAAUUCAAGAGAGGCUUUGAAUUCACAGCAAGUGAAAGUUGGGUCUCACCAGUUGGAUAUAAAACCUGAAUUGAAAGAUAAGGCUUUGAAAAUCAGCUCGUAUUUGUAUCUAGAUGAGGUGCAAUCGUACAUUCUUGUUGAGAGGUCUUUCAAGAACAACAACGUAGCUCUUGACUCUAUAGUUCACGAGUAUUUUCAUGCGGUAUGUAUUGACUAUUACAUUGAGCGACAGUACCUGCUGAAAUGUACCAGGAGAAUUCUCGCACAUGCCUUGUCUUUAGGAAGUGUCUCUGGAGAAGGUAAUGCUAUGAAGGAGGAGGCGCUAAAGUUGAUUUCUGAUGGAUUGGAGGGGAACCUGUUAUCCGUGCUGCAAGACCUUUAUCCUCUAAUCACCCUGAACAAAUGGCGUCCUUUUGCAUUCUUAUGGGUUGAUAUUGACCUUUUCACUUUGUGGGCUGAGGAGACACUAGUUGAAGACAAUUUAGUUUUGGACAUUCUUUUCCUUGUUUAUAAUGAGUCAGUUUGUACUUGUAAUGGUGAAAGGUGGAAAACAUUGUGCUGGCUAUACAAGGGAAUUCUAUCUGGGUCUUAUAACUUUGGAAAGCUGGCAGUAUCAACUGAAGCACUACGUUCUGCUUAUCAAGCCAAAGUUCAGCUGCUUCUAAUCCUUAUAGAAACCUUGGACCUGGAAAAUAUUCUCCAAAUGGUUCACGAUGAAAUCCCUUUCAGUGCAGCAUUUCUUAUGUCAUCACUCAAUGAAGAUGCCUUUUGGUGUAUGCUAAGGGACGAACUGCCUUUAGGUGGAAUCCACUUGUGA